AUGGUUGGCGUGAACUACGUUGCGGGUACUCUAAAUCGGGCCAAGAAGAAAGCUCCACCUUAUGCGUCCGGCUCAGGUACCUCCAAGCCCGACGCGCCACGUCCUCGCGGCCGACCCCUCUUCUCUCGCCCUCCACCUAUUGCCGUCCCUCGUCAAGACCGCCGUUAUAUCGAUACAGCAAACUAUCAUCCCUCCCCCGCCUCCUCCAGUCCCAACGACGCGCCUCGAUCCGAACGCAAUAUCGACGCCUACGCUGCCCCUAACGCUCCACUCGAGCUCCUCCGCGCACAACGCCCCACCGCCGGCCGAUCAGGGAUCGACGGGAUCACCUUCCCGUGGGCCAUCGAAGCGAGAGAGGUGUAUCUGGAAGAACGGCGGGUAGAGGAGUAUCGUCGCCAGGUGAAUGCUGCGCAACGGCUAGACGAAGACGACGAUGAGGAGGAAGAGGAGGACGAGCAGAGGGAGGUGAGGCGGAUGGAGAUGAGAGUGCUCAGAGCGAAGAUGGCGAAGGAGCAAGAGAUACAGAGGGGGAAGAGGCGCUGGUGGGAGGUCAGUAGGGAUAGUGGCGGGAAUGAAAGCGGAAACGUGCGUCAACGGGAAGGGCGCACGCGGGAUGCCUGCUCGGCGGCGAGGCGCAGACAGGGUCUGGACGAUGAAGACGAGUCAAGCAGUGGAAGCGCUCGUCAUAGACGGAGGGCGGAGCGGCUACCAGAGCCUGGCAGAGCGGAGACCGUAGCGGAUUUUGAGCGCGAACGACGCAUCUUCGUCGACAUGCUACACAACCACGAUCUGCUCCAUCUCCGCGACCUCCGCCGACCCAUACCACCAGAGGGUAACGCAACACCGUCUGGCAAUUCCAACUCCCCCAACUCCCCCAACCGCUGA